AUGACAGACAGAGCAGAUGUUGCUUUAUGGAAGCAUAGUGGAGACAUCUAUCGGCCAGAAUUCAGUACCAAAAGAACAUGGAAUCUCAUUCGACAAGUACAUCCUCAGGUCCAAUGGCACUCAGGGAUUUGGUUUCAACAUGCGACCCCAAAAUAUGUUUUCUGUACCUGGUCAGCUACUCACAAUAGACUAACUACAGGUGAUCGUAUGGCUGCUUGGAACAGUGGUAUAAAUCCUUUAUGCAUUUUCUGCAACCAAGAGAUAGAAACCCGUGAUCACAUUUUCUUUGAUUGUGUGUUCUCUACGGAAGUGUGGUCCCUCCUAACUAAGGGUCUUCUACGUAACCGGUUCACCAAGAUUUGGGGAGAGCUACUCCAACUCGUAUCGGACACGACGCUGGACAUCAAAUCCAGAGCUUUGCUGCGGUACACUUUGCAGGUCUCCGUCCACUUCAUAUGGAGGGAGAGAAACGAAAGACGUCAUGGUGCGACGCCUAUGGCCCCCUCCUCUCUGAUCAAGAUGAUUGACAGACAGAUCCGUAACUGGUGUCUAACGGUAUCAGCUACAGGACACAAGAACUAUGACACUCUGUUACAACGCUGGUUUGCCGUACGGGCAUAA